GUCCUUGUUCCUCAGAGGGGGAACAAUCUCCCAGACGCAGCAAGACCAGGCACAUCUCUCUCAACCUCCAAGAAGCAACUGGCCUGGCACCCAGGCAAGAGCAGUAGGCAAUAGUUUGUCCCAAACAUCCUUGAGGUCUUGUUGCCACGUUGAGCCAGCCGGAACCCAGACCUGUAUUCUACUUUUCUCCCUCUGUCUCCUCCAAAAUUCAACCCUCAGUGAAAAUGGGUGAGUGGGACCUGCUCGGCCGGCUGCUGGACAAAGUGCAGUCCCAUUCCACCGUCAUCGGCAAGAUCUGGCUGAGCGUGCUGUUCGUCUUCCGCAUCCUGGUGCUGGGCACCGGCGCGGAGAACGUGUGGGGCGAUGAGCAGUCGGACUUUGUGUGCAACACCGAGCAGCCGGGCUGCGAGAACGUGUGCUACGACGACGCGUUCCCCAUCUCGCACGUGCGCUACUGGACGCUGCAGAUCCUGAUGGUGUCCACGCCCACGCUGGUCUACCUCGGCCACGUGGUCCACGUGGUGCACGGCGAGAAGAAGGUGCGCGCCCGCAUGAGCAAGCGGCUGUCCGACCAGCAGGUCGAGCAGUUCCUGCUGAAGAGCUACAAGGUGCCCAAGUACAGCCAGGAUGACGGGAAGGUGAGCAUCCGCGGACGGCUGCUCCGGAGCUACAUCAUCAGCCUGUUCUUCAAGAUCCUGCUGGAGGUGGGCUUCAUCGCGGGCCAGUACUACCUCUACGGCUUCACCCUGCAGGCCCGCUACGUCUGCAGCAAGUUCCCCUGCCCGCACAAGGUAGACUGCUUCCUGUCCAGGCCCACGGAGAAGUCGGUGUUCAUCUGGUUCAUGCUGGUGGUGGCCUGCGUCUCGCUGCUCCUGAACGUGGUGGAGAUGGGCUACCUGACCGUCAAGAAGGUCAAGGAGUGUCUGAACCGCCGGCAGGACUACACAGUCACGCCGGUCACGCCCGUAAUGCUGCAGCCGGACCUCAAGGCCAAGGAGCAGCAGGCCAUCGACAACUGGCUGAACAGGGAGGCGGAGCUGCACAAGAAGAAAGAGAAGAAGGAGCAGGUGACGAGGAGCACGGUGUCAGAGGACCACCACAGCAGCACCGCCAUGGAGGAGGUGCACAUCUGACGUGAUGUUUUGGCUUUGAAGCCAACGACUGUAUAUUAGUAUAGAGUGCUCACCAAGGUUCCAUCAUAUUCAGUAAGACGCUGUUUACACGUAUAUGGUCUCGGCCUCUCAUUUACACAUAAACAAAUUUUAGAAAUCUUCAUUACAAUCUCAGGUUUUAAAAAAUAUUCCCUUUAGCGGGCUAAAAUGCACCUGUCCACAUGCAGUGUUUAUAUGUAAACAGAUUUUUUUUUUUAAAUCUGCAUAAAAAAAUAUCCAUAUUCUUUUUAAUAUAAGUGUAAACGGUGUCUUAAACAGAUUUGCAUUUUCUUUGAAGCAUCAAUUUUACAUCUGAAAAGCAAAUUAUGGUUAUAAUUGCUAAUCAGAAUCAUAUGAAGGUACAGUUGGCCUACUCAAUAUCAGGGUGGGACAUAGUAUCAAAUGGUCGGUGUCCUUAAAACGUACAGUAACUGUGUGAGCCAGCCAGCCAUCCAGGGCAGCCUUUGUAAACACCAAAGGCUCCCAUGCCUGCACCCGGGUCAGUGUAAACAAUGUCUGAGAGAGGUCGCGUGCCUGACUCGAGUGUUUGAACACAUGUCCACAGGCUCAUGUCUCUGCUAGUGGCACUUGAGAGUAUUGUUAACACAAGCUGUUGUUUCAUCUUUUGCAGGUGGCAUAAAAGUAGUCAUUGCUGUCUUUGAGUCCUUGUUUACUAAUCAGCGGGCAUGUUUGGGUGGUUCAACAAUGUUGUAAUUUUUAAAAUAAAAAAAACAUAAUUU